GAAUUUUCUCAGUUUCUUUAAAGAAAUCAAAGAAACGAUCAGUGAGAGCUGAGAGAGAGAGAGAUUAAAAAAACAAAUCUUUCUUCUUGGGUCUGAACUCCACCAUGAGAUAUCACCGGAGCUCCGAUUACCUCCGGCCACCGGCGAGUUUCUUUAAUAUUUAACAUUCUUUUAAAACAUUUUUCAUAAUAAAAAACGAAGGAGUUUGGUUUGAUCAUAGACUUACAAUGUCAACAACAACCACGAACAACGCGACUCAACCGCAGUCACCGCAACCACCGCCAUUACAGUCACCAGAAGAAUCAGCGUCCAAAGCGUUACAGAAGCGUUACGAAGGAUUAACGAUGGUGAGAGCGAAAGCAAUAAAAGGCAAAGGCGCGUGGUACUGGUCUCAUCUCGAACCAAUCUUACUACACAACACCGACACUAACCUCCCUAAAGCCGUCAAGCUCCGCUGCUCCCUAUGCGACGCCGUUUUCUCCGCCUCCAACCCUUCCCGCACCGCCUCCGAGCAUCUCAAACGCGGCACUUGCCCCAAUUUCAACUCUUCUCCCAAACCCAUCUCCACAAUCUCUCCCUCCCCUCCUCCUCCUCCGCCGCCGCCGCCGCCGGGAGCUCCGGCUAGUCGGAAACGUAACUCCUCCGGUGGAAGCUCCGUCGAACUUCACCGGGGGUCUUACCACGUGGCGCCUCUCACCGUCGUUGAUCCGGCGAGGUACUUGCACUUUCCGGCGGCGUCUCAGCCGCAUUUGAUGCUCUCCGGUGGAAAAGACGAUCUUGGUCCUUUGGCUAUGCUUGAGAACAGUGUGAAGAAGCUCAAAAGCCCCACGCAGACGCAGAAGCUGAGCAGAGGGCAGAUAGACUCUGCUCUUGUCUCUCUCUCCGAUUGGGUGUUUGAAUCUUGCGGUUCUGUCUCUCUGUCUGGUCUCGAGCAUCCGAAGCUGAGAGCUUUUCUGACGCAAGUCGGGUUACCGAUCGUGUCGCGGAGAGAGUUCGUCACCGGAAGGUUGGAUUCGAGGUACGAGGGCUCGAGAGCGGAGGGUGAGACGAGGAUCAACGACGCGAUGUUCUUCCAGCUCGCUUCCGAUGGGUGGAAGUAUAAAAGCUCCGGCGAGAAACUGGUGAGCUUGGUUGUGAAUUUACCUAACGGGACGAGUUUGUACAGACGAGCUCUGUUUGUUAACGGAGCUGUUCCGUCUAACUAUGCGGAGGAGGUUAUGUGGGAGACGGUGAGGGGUAUUUGUGGUAAUUCACCUCAGAGGUGUGUUGGCAUUGUUUCGGAUAGGUUUAUGAGUAAAGCGUUGAGGAAUCUCGAGGGGCAGUAUCAGUGGAUGGUUAACCUCUCUUGUCAGUUUCAAGGGUUCAAUAGUUUGAUUAAAGAUUUUAUUAAAGAUCUUCCUUUGUUCAAAUCCGUCUCGAGAAGUUGCUCUAAGCUUGUAGGUUUCGUGAACAGCACGGCGCAGAUGAGAAACUUGCUGUGUAAGUAUCAGUUGCAAGAGCAAGGAGAAGCUAGACUACUGUUUUUGCCUUUUGAAUGUUCCUCGUUCGAGCCGUUGUUUAGUCUCCUUGAGGAUGUUCUUAACUCGGCUAGAGCGGUUCAGCUGGUGAUGCAAGAUGAUGCUUGUAAGGUUGUUGUUAUGGAGGAUCAUUUGGUUAGAGAGGUGGCUGAAAUGGUUGGGGAUGUUGGGUUUUGGAACGAGGUCGAAGCGGUUUAUUCGUUGUUGAAGCUUGUUAAAGAAAUGGCUCGACGAAUAGAGGAAGAGAGGCCUUUAAUAGGGCAAUGUUUGCCGCUUUGGGAGGAGUUAAGAUCAAAGAUAAAAGAUUGGUACGUUAAGUUUAAUGUAACUGAAGAUAAUCAAGUUGAGAAGAUCGUUGAGAGAAGAUUCAACAAGUGUUAUCACCCGGCUUGGGCUGCAGCGUUUAUACUUGACCCACUUUACUUGAUAAGAGACAGCUCCGGAAAGUAUCUUCCUCCAUUCAAAUGCUUGUCACCAGAGCAAGAGAAAGAUGUUGAUAAGUUGAUAACAAGGCUUGUGUCUAGAGACGAGGCCCAUAUUGCAAUGAUGGAACUGAUGAAAUGGAGAACGGAAGGGCUUGAUCCGGACUAUGCUAGGGCUGUUCAGAUGAAGGAGAGAGAUCCUGUUUCAGGGAAAAUGAGGAUAGUUAAUCCACAAAGCAGUAGGCUUGUUUGGGAAACUUAUCUUAGUGAGUUCAGGUCAUUGGGGAGAGUUGCUGUUAGGCUUAUUUUCCUUCAUGCAACUUCUUGUGGGUUCAAAUGCAAUUCUUCUCUUUUGAGAUGGGUAAACUCUCAUGGUCGAUCAUCGCGUGCAGCGAUGGAUCGAGCUCAAAAGCUAGUUUUUAUAUCAGCCAAUUCGAAGUUCGAAAGGCGAGAUUUCUCCAAUGAUGAAGAGAAAGAUGCUGAGCUUCUCACUAUGGCUAAUGGUGAAGAUGAUGUGCUAAAUGAUGUUCUCAUUGACACAUCCUCAGUGUGACUUGUUAAUUUUUACUUCUUUUUCAUUAGAACCUGGCCCAUUUUGUAGGAUUACUUGAGUUCUUUGUUUUUACUACCUUUAAAUUCAAUUUGUACUUGGCACCAUCAUUGUAUUUCUUUAACCGAUUUCAAUUAAUUUUAGGCGAUUUUUCGGUGUCUUUUCGACUGUGACAAUGAUCUUGAGAGUGGUUUUGGAAUUCAUAAACACAAGUGAUUCUUGUAAACUUCUUGUUUUAUCAUA